AUGCCUGACUCUCGCCCAUCAAAGCGGCAGCGCAUUAGUCGUGCCUGCGACCAGUGUCGGCGCCGGAAAUCCAAGUGUGAUGGCGCACAGCCGGUUUGCUCCAUCUGCCACGCAGCGGGACGCAGUUGUACGUACCAUCCGAGUGGCCGACGGCGUGGACUACAGUCUGGCUACGUGGGGGCGCUUCAGGCGAUUCUUGGCAUUGUCCUUGAGCAUGUGCCCAAUAGCGAAACCACUGUGAAGGCUAUCCUUCGGGACAUGACUCCUGGAGACGAUUUCCUGGGUAGCGAUUUGAGUGAACGUUAUAUAGCCGUUUGGAGAGGGUCCAAACUAUCAAGGGAAACAAUGCAAAUUCUUGAUCCCUCUAUGACGAAAAUAUCUGAUGAUGAGGAGCUGGUGCCUGAGCUGGAACCUGAGUUGGUGCUGGAGCCAACGAAUACGCCCGUGUCUGCGGACCCCAUGUGGACGCCAUCUAACUUAUCCAACCGUCAGGAGCACCCACCACAAUCUAAGAGCCUCUCAGUGAACAAAGCCAGCGAUAUUGCAGCUUGGCCACUACCCGAGAAUAUAGUCCAAAUAGUGGAAUACUAUUUCUCUCACGUUCACUCGUGGUUCCCUAUCCUUGAGCGUCGAGACAUUCUCCGGUCAAUGCACAGCGACCCUAGCACCCCAGAUGACCCAAUCUCAGGGCACCGGAUAACACUCUGGACAAUCAUUCUGUAUGUUUCAAUUGCCAAAGAUGGGCCGAAUCCAGAACGUUAUGCCUGUCGGGCGCAAAUUCAAUCCUUCCUCCAGUCACGGGUUCUUGAGGAUUCAGAUACACUCCAGCAUAGCCAUGUCGAGGCAUUGCUUGUUCUUGUGCUGUUAGACAUUGGUAUUGGAAAUCUGUCAAAAGCAUGGGUUGAACUUGGACAGGUGGAGAGAUUACUGGCCAUAUUGCCGGUUUCAGCGAGAGAAGCCCGGUAUGGCCGCACGCAUCGUGGCUGCUGCUUCCUUGAUGCUAUAGUAUCUGCUCUUACGGGGCAGACUCCGGGCCUGUCUGGCGAGAUUCAGAACGAAGAUGAUCCGAUUGACGAGAAUGGACUGGAUGAAUGGGAUGUGUGGGUUCCGUUUCUUUGGGAACAGAACCGAAUGCACGGCCUGGCAAAGAAAGGGCCCCUGCGUGCCCUGAGUGCGUUCAAUUUGAGCAGUCAACUCGCUCAGCAUCUGGCUCGCGUGCUUCACUUUCAACCGGCCCGAGAUAAUGCCGACAGGCUUAUGGCCGAUUUGCAGCACUGGAAGCUCACCCUUGCUAGCCGGUAUCCCGUCUCCUCAAGUCAUAACCCUGCGUUGUUGACGCUGCAUCUGGCCUCGGAGUUUGUGACUUUACGGAUCGCCUGCAAGAUCCAUCCACUCGACUCAUCCAUGGUAGCCUCCGUGAAGGCGAGUGUGCGAUCUACACUUCACCUGCUGAAACUUUAUAUUGAAAUUGCGGGCACAACAAGGACAUCCCCCCUACUACGCUGGUUUCUUCACCAACCAGAGUGGGCUUCCCGUUUGGUAGUCAUGACCGAUGACAAUUCUCCACAAGACGAACUGUUAAACCAACUGGCCGAGAUGAGGUUGGCGCUUGACUGGACCAGUUCCUCAGGAUGCAGCAGCAAGGACAGCGGACCAAUUCAUUUAGAUGACCCGCGCGUCCAGGAUGCGGCAGGAGCCGGUUCCCAACAGGUCCGAACGCCCACGAAUGACGGCAGAGAUAUUUUUGAGUCCUCUACUUCCCGUCGCCAAGCCAGGCUAGACGAGAUGAAUUCAGCGCCUGUUUAUACCCCGUGCCAAACGCAUGAAUCUGAUGGGUGUAGAUCCUUUGAUGCAGUGCUCGAAGAAUUAGCAACAUCUGUCAUGCCUACAGAGUAUGCUCUAAACUCUAUCGUCGUCGUUGUUCUGUUUCUGACUAAUCCUGAACAGGAACGCGCCUUCAUUUGCUCAUAA